CCAUCAGGCAUAAACAAAGGACAGCUCUAACGAGUGGCGCCGCAAAGCGCGGUGAGGUUUGCACGACAGUCCGGAGAAAAGGGAAGAAGGAAGGACCAGUCUUCCUUGGUGCUGCCCGGGAAAUAAGAUGGCGGCUGAGGUAAAGUCUGUGCUCUUCGUGUGUCUGGGGAACAUUUGCCGAUCACCCAUAGCUGAAGCAGUUUUUAGAAAACUUGUAACUGAUGAAAACAUUGAAAAUAAGUGGAUGACAGACAGUGGUGCUGUUUCUGACUGGAACGUGGGGUGCUCCCCAGAUGCAAGGGCUUUAAGUUGUCUAAGAAAUCAUGGCAUUGAGACAGCACAUAAAGCACGGCAGAUUACUAAAGAUGAUUUCCUUACAUUCGAUUAUAUACUUUGCAUGGAUGAAAGCAACCUAAGAGAUCUGAAAAGAAAAAGUAAUCAAGUUAAAAACUGUACAGCUAAAAUUGACCUCCUUGGGAGCUAUGAUCCACAGAAACAGCUUAUUAUAGAAGAUCCAUACUAUGGAAAUGAAAAAGACUUUGAGACUGUUUACGAGCAGUGUGUUAGAUGCUGUAAGGCAUUUUUGGAGAAGUCUCGUUAGUGCCACACCAUUUUAUUUCUAAAAGAAAAUAAUAUUUAGCUCCUUCUUUGAAGUGGUAUAUAAAUUUCACUAGAUUUAAUGUAUUUAAAAUGUAAUAUUGCAUCUCUUCAGGAAAUUCUAACUGCAGCUUCUUAAUUUUAGUUUUGUAUUGUAGCUACCCUAUGGCCUAACUGAGAAGAAUUUGGAAAAGUUUGAAAAAUUGUUUUUGAAGAUCAGCUAUUUUGUUAGACAUCAGUGUAACAAAGUGUUUCAUUCAGAGGCCAGCAAAAUAAAUGUUUGUGAACUCUC